AUGUGUUGCAAAGGGUGUUGCAGAGGGCUGCUGAAAGCUGUCAUGUUCAGCUUUAAUUUCCUUGUCUGUUUGGCGGGGUUUGUUGUCCUGGGUGUGGGGGUGUGGUUGGUGGUGGACAGUGAGUCUCUGUUCGGUAUACUGGAACACCUUGAGGCAGCACCUCCGGAAAUCUCCCAGCUGGUCUACAUAGGUUACCCUCUCGUCGGUGUUGGCACCGUGCUGGUCAUCAUAGGAUUCCUGGGAUGCUGUGGAGUUAUAAUGGAGAGCAAGUGCAUGCUCUUAACCUUCUUCAUCAUAAUGCUGUUGCUCUUCCUCGUGGAGUUGGUCGUGGCCAUAAUCGCCGGUCUCUUCCUUCCCCUGACUGGAUCACUCUUUGCUCAGAUUGAGGACAAUGCUGUCCAGGGGAUUAAAACCAACUACGGAGUGAACGACGCGUUCACCGCCACCUGGGACAACACCAUGACCAACCUGAGGUGCUGUGGAUAUAACAACUACACUGACUUUGACGGAUCCCCGUUUUCCAUGAAUGGGACUUAUCCAUCCCAGUGUUGUGCGGGAGUUGAGUUAUGCAAUGAGGACGUGGCUGCUUUAUCGGAUGUCCGUGGGUGUUUCCCAGCCCUGGUGACUUUCAUAGAGGACAACGCCGUCAUCUUCGGAGCAGUGGCGCUAGGUGUUGCCGUACUCGAGAUUGCUGCCAUGAUAGCCUCCAUGAUCGUGUACAAAGGCAUCCGCAAUUAA